GACGCACGUUUAACUCAAGAAGCCUUGGGUAGCCUGAUGGGUAGGGGUUUGUGUUUGAUACCACUCGAUUGGUUGGCCCAGUUGGACCGACCGGAACUGAAUUCGAUCAAUAUUUUAGAGGGUAUUAACGCAUCUGUGUUGGGAACAUUGUCCACAAAAAUGCCUAGAAUCAGGGGAAUUGAAUCAGAGGGCUUCAAAUCCUACCUGACUCAAAGAUGGGAAACGGGGCAGUUUGCUGAUCCAAUUUCUCGGCCCCGUCCUUCAAUCCCAUCGGUUUCCAUCCAAUCAUCAGGAAGGUUGAGAGCAGAGGAUGCGCAACGUUAAGAUUGGUUCUUGGAACGUGAGAGGCCUAGGGGACACAGGCGAAAGGAAUAAACGGGGCAGGAUCAAGUUAUGGAUCCACGAAAAUGACAUUAGCUUUAUGUGCAUGCAGGAGACGAAAUUGGAUGAGGAAGGAAUUCAAAGUUUGGGAGCGUGGUGGGAUGGGCCUCAAGUUUGGGCGCCGACAAUGGGGUCAAGAGGGGGGGUGACUAUCCUAAUGCACCGUAGGUUUGAUGGUGAAAUUUUGGACUACGACGCAGAUAGCUGGGGGAAAUGGGCAUGGAUUAAGUUAUUUUCGGCAGGGGUGGAGUGGGCUGUAGUCACUGUCUAUGCUCCCGCUGAGAAAUCUGAGCGGAUGAUCUUUUAUGAGGGAUUGAURGAGGUAUUGCCAGAUACUGAGCACAUWGUGAUYGCAGGGGACUGGAAUAUUUCUAUGGAUGACAGUAACCCGCUCUUCUCCACUCGGCACGUGGGGAGGGAACUUAACUUAGUGACUGAUCUAAUUUCGGAACUGGACCUGGUGGACAUCUUCCGCCUCUCGUCCCCGGCUAACCCCGGGUACACCUGGUUUUCGGCUCAGACUUCAGCGGAUCGAAGCAUACUGCCAAAACGCUUAGAUUUCUUUUUGACCAGCAGAACGGUAUGGGAUAACAUGGUUGACGUGGCGACAAUGCCUCACUCAAUUUUCGAUCACAAUCCCAUCAUUAUGCAGUUUCUCUGGGGUGAUGGUCCAGAAAGGGGAAAAGGAAUCUUCCGCCUUAAUGAGGAAACUAUUAGGGACCUUGGAGUUCAACAGUGGGUAUCGAACCACUUGAGAACUUGGAAGAAGUACAGACCCCUAUUCCAGUCAAAAGCUGAAUGGUGGGACGCGGGGACUUAUUUUUUAAGGGAUAUGCUAAGUAUUUUCUCAAAAAUCAGGGCGCUGGAUCUGAAUAAAGAGGAAGCGGUGGCUAAGAAAGCAGUAGAAGAAGCAGAAAAUCGGGUCGCUAUCUUACCAUAUGGAUCUAGGGAGGCAACGUGUUGGGAAAGGGAAAGAGCCGUCAAACUGAAGAAGUGGGAUGUGAUCCAAGAGGAUAAGUCGAGACGCUGGGUUGAAAUCCUGAGAGUCAAGGGAAUUGUAACUGGUGACAGAAUGGUCAAGCCCACAUUUCAACGCCUUCUGCCCAGAUUCUCUCAGCAGGAAAUGAAAACCUUGAGCCACCCUUUUGAUGAGAAUGCCCCAGUGGCCAAUUCCUCGAUGGCCAUGUGUCAGUACGCAGAGUUGUAUUAUCAUGAUAUCCUAACAUCACGCAGGAAUUGUGCGAAAAUCAUUAGAGGUCAGUCAGAUAUGACAGAUCUGUGGGAGGUUGUGGAAGCCCGUUUACCACUAGAGGGGAGGCUAGACUUGGAUAGGCCAGUAACGAAGUUAGAAGUGCGUCAGGCUUUAAAAUCAAUGGCCAAGGGGAAGGUCCCCGGUUCUGACGGACUGUCGGUGGAAUGUUAUGAUAAAUUUUGGCCCGAUAUGAAGGACUCCCUGUUAGAAUUUUAUAACAAUAUUCUAACAGUGAACGUGGGAGUGAAGGCUGCCAUAGCCACCACGUCAUUUGGUGGAGUGCAGGGAAGGUGCUGCCUGCACAGCACGGCUGCGGCAACUGUUUUUGCUAUGGUGCACGGGAAGCUCUGUCCGUUUUGCACGGCAGCGGCAGGUCUUCCGCGAGCGGUGUAGGGGAGGCUUUGCCCUUUUUGCACGGCGGCGGCAGUGUAAUUUUGCUAGUGCUGCGGAAGCGCU